AUGGAGGACUUUGGACUCCCCAUGAGCUUCGGCAAGAAGGCCAAGGGGCCUUCCGCCAAGGCGCGGACGAAGACGGUGCAGGCCAACGUCGCGCAGACGAAGCGCGAGCCCGUUGUCCCAAAGGAGGAGGCUCCGAAGGAGGAGAGCGACGAGGAGAUUGGCCCAAUCCCCCCCUCGACUAAGCGGAAGGCAGACGAUGACAGCGACUCAGACGCCGAGCUCGAGGAGGAGGAAGAUCGGACACCAGUGACGCACGAGAUCGUGCUGAAGGACCACACAAAGCUGUGGGAUUUUGGAGGCAUGGACGCGCGCCUGCGUCCGUUCAAGAGCUUUGAGCCCAACGGGUCGUACUUUGUCCGAGACCUUAGCUACUCGCCCGACGGCAAGCAUUUGCUGGCGAUCAGUGGAACGUUCUACCCCAAGGUCUUCAGCCGCGAUGGCGACGACCAGAAGGAGUUCAUGAAGGGAGACGUGUACAUCCGUGACAUGAAGACGACCAAAGGACAUACCGCCGAGAUCAACGCGGGCCAGUGGCAUCCGCACGACCGCGACCUCUUCCUCACCGCAAGCAACGACUCGACGCUGCGGAUAUGGGACGUGAACGACCGAAGCAAGCAGAAGCAAGUCAUUGUCGUGCGGUCCAAGGAGCGCGGAAAUAAGACGCACGUCACAUCGUGCUGUCUCGACGGCACGAUCCAUGUUUGGAAAACGGCGUCGAACCUGGCCCGACCGGAUCGGAGCUCGGAGACGGCACACGAGAAGGGACAGGAGAUCACGGGCGUUGCGUUCUCUCCUGACGGGAAGAAGCUCGUCUCGCGCAGCAUGGACGAGACUGUCAAGUGUAAGUUGAAGCGGAGGUACGGUGAACUGACCCCAGUGUGGGACCCGAGGUCGCCGCGCAAGCCACUCGCUGUCGCCACAGGCAUUGCGUGCCGGUACAGUGAGACGAAUGUCUCCUUCUCCCCUGACGGCAAGUACGUCCUGGUGGGCACGGCGAUCGACCCUCGGGACGAGACCGCGGUCGGCGAGGUGCUCUUCCUCUCGUCCGAGGACCUGAAGGUCGUGCGCCGCGUGCCAAUCGCGAAAGCGAGCGUGAUCAAGGUGCUCUGGCACUCGCGCAUCAACCAGCUCUUCUGCACCCUCUCCAACGGGCAGGUGUACGUGCUCUACUCGCCCCAGGCGAGCAUCCACGGCGCGCUCCUGCCUCUGGCCAAGAUGCCGCGCAGUGGUCCGCGCGACCUGAGCUUCACGACGGCGGAUCUGACGCCGGUCGUGUUCACGCCCGACGCGCAUGGCGGGAUCCAGAACGCAUACGGGCAGAGUCUGCACCAGCAGCAAAAGGCCGCGAAGCGGUUCAAGCCCACGGAGCCCGUCUCGGGCGUGGGACGGGGUGGGCGCGUCGGCGCCAGUGCCACGGCAGGAUUUGUGCAGGACGUGUUCAAGCGCCGCCUCGAGCCGACCGAAGAUGCAUUGCUCAAGUACGCGAGCGAGGAGGAGAAGAAGAAACUGCAGGCGGCGAGGGAGAAGCAGGAGCAGAACUAG